CUCUCUCUCUCUCUCUCUCUCUCUCUCUCUCUCUCGUGCGUUGUCUGAGUCCUUUUGUCAUUGAAUGGGCCAGAAACAUUGACGUUUUGAUUUCUUUACCUUGUUUUGAACGGACUCAAAGAUUUGAAUAAUCAAUCUUUUGUUGUUUUUUUGCUUUCAGUUGAAGAUUUCUAGCUAGGUAAUAUCUUCCCCAGUUUACAAUAAUACCAUCUUCACAGCUCAAUUUUCUCCCACAUUUUUUUCUUUCCUAUUGAUUUCUUCUUUGCUGUUUCUCUCAUUCAUCAUACUUAAUCCAAUCUGUCCAUAUCUCUUCUCUACUGUUCCAAAACAAGAAGGGUUUUGAUUGAUUGCCCUUUUGUCACAACGCCCCUUUCAGUUUCAGUUCUUGAUGAUUUUGUAGACAUAAAACCACACAGAUGAAGAUCUCUAUAUUUCCCUCUUGGGUUUUGGGUCAUCGUCUUUGGUUUUUGGUUUUUGCCUUAAGUCUAGCACUAUUGGGUGCCUGGUCAAAAUUUUAUAUUCAAGAUAGAAAUUAUAGAACAGAUCAAGAGCUUUCGAUUUCAAAGAGGCUUCCCUCAAAAGGGCCUGACGACCCUCCUGUACUGGCCUAUUGGGUUUUUGGAUCUUAUGGAGAAAGUAGGAAGAUUUUGAGGCUGUUGAAGGCAAUAUAUCAUCCAAGGAAUCAGUACCUUCUUCAACUUGAUGCUGAGGCUUCAGAUUAUGAAAGGAGUAAUUUAGCUAUUUCAGUUCAAUCUGAGAGAGUGUUCAGAGCAUUUGGGAAUGUUAAUGUUGUUGGGAGAAGCUAUGCUUUGAAUCAGAUGGGGGCAUCUGUUCUUGCUGCCACACUUCAUGCAGCUGCAUUGUUGCUUAAGAUUAGUGCAGAUUGGGAUUGGUUCAUCACCUUAAGCUCCUCUGAUUAUCCUCUCAUGACUCAGGAUGAUGUCCUCCAUGCUUUCAGUCUGUUGCCCCGGGAUCUCAAUUUUGUCAAUUACACGACCAGCACUGAAUGGAAGAAGCAGCAUAAUACUAAUCAGAUCGUUGUAGACCCCAGCCUUCAUCUUAAAACAAACAGUCCAAUUUUCUAUGCUGUAGAGACUAGAGAAACACCAGAGGCAUUCCAAGUUUUUGGAGGUUCACCUUGGAUGAUUCUAAGCAGAGCCUUCAUGGAGCAUUGUGUAAAUGGAUGGGAAGACAACCUUCCCAGGAAGUUACUAAUGUACUUCAGCAAUGUUGCCUUUCCUCUUGAAUCCUACUUCCACACAGUCCUCUGCAACUCACCUCAGUUCCAAAACACAACAGUGAACAAUGACUUAAGGUACAUCAACUGGGACACAACUAAAGGGGAACCUGCUGUACUGAGCAUGUCAAACUAUGAUGAAAUAGUAUCGAGCGAGGCAGUUUUCGUGAGACCCUUCAAAGAAGAUGAUCCAGUGCUACAAGAGCUUGAUGACAAGGUCCUAAACCGCAAACCAAACUGGGUAUUGCCUGGAAAAUGGUGCAUAAAUCAGGGGAUGAAUAUGAGCAUGGACAGUUCAAAGGCGGCUGAGGAAGAUUUGUGUUCAACUUGGGGUGAUAUCAACUUGGUCAGGCCAGGGUCCCAUGGGAUGAAACUUGGGAAAUUUUUGUCAAAGCUUGUUGCAGAUAAGAGAUUGGUGCCUAACCAUUGCCACAGCAGUGAAACAUAAAAGAAAACUGCAAAAGAAUGCCUUGUAAAAAUGUAAAGAGAAUAUGUCCAAAAAAUCCCUUGAAGGGUUAAACCAUUCCUUUUUCUGCAAACCUGUAGUCAUAUUGGAAAUUUCUUUGGUGGGGAAUGAGUCAUACAAUUAGAAUCUUUGGGCAAUAGAGAGAUGGGUAAAGAAAAUUAUGUCAAUGGCUAGGAAUUUUUGUUUCUUUGUUAGCAAGAUAUCUCCCUGGUGAAGGUGUUUUGCUAACGAUGUGCAAGAUCAUGGAAUAAAGUAACACAGAUUUUCUUACUGCCACUGAAUAAAUAGAGUUGUG